AGGUCAAACCGAUUUCAAUUGUCGAUGCUCCACUAUUGGAUCCCUCGCCGGAGCGCCUCCUCUCCUCUCUCUUUUCUUCUUCUGCGACACCACCUACCGAGAGAUAAUCAAUGCCCAGCUUCGGCCUUCUCCCUCUCGUGCCCCCGCGCCGAUUUGAAUCCCUUCUCCAUCUCUAGCCAGAAACUUCGGUUCCUUGGCUCGCCCUGCCUCCGACGAUGGACGGCGAUGGCGGAGGGGCGUACGGCUCUCACACUGCCGAGGAUGUCUUCCGAGACUUCAGGGCCCGGAGAGCCGGCAUGAUCAAGGCGCUCACUACUGAUGUCGAGAAGUUUUAUCAGCAGUGUGAUCCCGAAAAGGAGAACUUAUGUCUUUAUGGACUUCCAAACGAGACCUGGGAAGUUACCUUGCCUGCUGAAGAAGUACCUCCAGAACUUCCUGAGCCAGCUUUAGGAAUUAACUUUGCAAGAGAUGGCAUGGAAGGGAAAGAUUGGCUUGCUUUAGUUGCAGUCCAUAGUGAUGCAUGGCUGCUUGCUGUUGCCUUCUAUUUUGGAGCCCGAUUUGGAUUUGAUAAGGAGUCUAGGAGGCGUCUUUUUAAUAUGAUCAACAACCUCCCUACCAUAUAUGAAGUUGUAACUGGGAUUACCAAGAAGCAGUCCAAGGAAAAGACCUCAAAUAGCAGUAGCAAGAGCAAGUCAAGCUCUAAGAUCUUAAGACAGGGUGAUCAGCUGACCAAGGCGCCAAAGAUAUCACCUCCAAAAGAAGAUGAAGAAAGUGGGACAGACGAGGAGGAAGAUGAAGAGGAGCAUGAGAACACUUUAUGUGGUGCAUGCGGCGACAACUACGCUAAUGAUGAGUUCUGGAUAUGCUGCGAUGUAUGUGAAAGUUGGUUUCACGGAAAGUGUGUGAAGAUCACCCCGGCACGAGCUGAGCACAUAAAACAGUACAAGUGCCCAAGUUGCAGCACUAACAAGAGGAUUCGAACUUGAAGCUGCAAGUGUCUGCGUGCAAUUCCAUUAUCUUUUUGUGCUUCUUCCAGUAUAUUGUUAAUCAUUAGACUUGUAAUUUUAAUUUAGGGCUCGUGCGUUAUGUUAUCUUUAGCUUCUGGGCCACUUUGUUGCUUUGUAGGGAUUUAGAUUGAGAAAAAAAAAAAAUACCGGUGUAUUUUGUAAUGGAAAACUGAUGUGGGCUUUCAGUGUGGGCUUGACAAGUGUGUGUUUUCAGUAAUUCAUGAGAGUAUUCACAUGUCAAGUGUAGUUCUCAUAAUUGAUUAAUUAAUUAAUUC